AUGUCAUUGCAAACAAUCAUCAACGAUUUUAUCGCGGAUGCCCCGCCAGGUGAGCUCCAAGAAGUCACAAACAACAUCAAGGCCAUCGUGGACGAGCCGAUCAAGCACGAAUUGGCCGCUGCGUUGGAGACCUACAACGCGCGCGGAAACGUGGUUCUUCUCAACGGAAAGGCAACGAUUAUCAGUCAGCACACUCAGUCGUCGACACAAAAGUACGUCGAUUUUAGUACCGGUAAGCAGUUCAACGUGGAUGUACACACGAUGCAAGCCAUUGACGUCGAGGACUUUGACACAGACUACCGGACCGCUGACUAUGAGCUCUUGGAAGGCAAACUUGCGACGUAUUUGGCGCAGCACUACCCCUCGGAGGCGGCCUUCACGGUGGUUCCUCCAGGCUUCGGUGGUGAAGCGUACACGAUCAUAAUCAACGGGUGGAAGCAUAACCCGGCCAACUUCUACAACGGGUCCUGGUGCUCCUUGUACACAUUUGACGGCUCUGCGCUUCGAGACAUCGAUGUUAAGCUCGACAUCCACUACUAUGAGGACGGUAAUGUGAGGUUGAAGAGCCAUCUCGAACCUGAGGCGGUUUCUGUGGGGCUCCAGGGUGUGGUGACGGCCAUCAGCAAGGUGGAAAAUGACGUGGAGCUCGAGAUUAUCACUAAGGUGAAUGGCUUGAACGAAACAGUGUUCAAGAACUUGAGAAGACUAUUGCCGAUUACCAGGGCCAAAAUCCAGUGGGGAAAGGCCAUGGGCAACUACAAGUUGGGCAAAGAUGUGGUUAAUGAGUAG